AUGCAGUCUUGGAGGUCAUCUACAUGAGCAUUGAAUAAUGUUGGUGAUAUAACAGACCCCAGGGGACUCCGGAAGGGCAAGGCCUUAUAGAUGACAGAGCACCUCCUUAUUUUACUUGCUGACUCCUCCCUUCUAGAAAGCUCCGUGUCCAUAGGGCGGUGGAGUCAGCAGAGUCUUUGACUUUGAGCAGCAAGAAAAGGAGGUCGAAUGAUCAAGAAGGGAGUGAUGUUGAUGCCCUGAUCGACGACCAUCCUUCAGAGCAAGGGACCGAAUCAGCUGAAACUAAAGAUGGCGACGAGGAAGAUGCAUUCCUCACAACGCUAGCCCUUGAGUAUUCGGCUGACGAUAAAACAAGUGGUCCUGUCUCAACUCAGCUGGCUGAUAUCGUCAAUAGGAGAUGGUCGUCAAAAUUAUCGGACGACAAAUUCAAAGAGAAAAUAGCGAAAUAUGACCGACCAGAGAACUGCGAACGAUUGUUUGCCCGCAAGGUAAAUCCCGAAAUUUGGUCCCGAAUAUCAAACAUGGGCCAACGACAGGACCUUAAACUUGUCGCUGUCCAAAAAACCUUGGCGGCAGUUAGCACAGCUCUCACACAGUCUGCUCAACUGCUUAUGAAUGCCCGCCAAACUGGCGGCGGAUGCCCUUGCUCUCCUGGAGCAAGUGGAUGCCCUUGCUCUCCUGGGGCAUUCAAAUUAUGA